CAGAACUUAUCGCUCCCCGUCUAGUUGUAUUGUCUGCGGGUACGGGCAUAUGUCAUUCAUUAUCAAGCGCUUGUGGUUCUUGUUAGACUGAAUUCCUUGGGUUCUGGUCAGUUUCUAAUGUCAUUCGAUUUUUGUGAUUGCCCCGAGGAUGUUAUGUAGAUUGUGCCUUCUUGACUGUGACGAUCUUCUGGAAGUUUUCGAUGAGGAUGGAUUGCGAAUGAGGAUUGGCUCAAUUGUUGCCCAGCACUUCGGAUUUCAGUUUAAGCAUGAUGACCAAAUAUCGGAUAAAAUUUGCACAACUUGUUGGAUGGAAGUGGAGAAUUUUCAUACAUUCUUUUUGGAUGUGAGGCGAGCACAAGAUAAGUUAAGAAUUGAAUUGGAAAAAAACGUUGAUCCCGAUCCAGAUACAGAUGAAGAUAUUUGCGAAGAUGAUGAAUACGACAGCUCUGGAAAUGACUUAGAAGAUUAUGGAAGUGAUCCGUCCAUUUUUCAGGCCAAUAUAAACUGUGAUAAUAGUUAUCUAAGACCAGGUUGGAAAGAUACGAGUAAUGUGACAGGCGAUAUUGAUGUAUUUGCCGCUCCGUCCAGAACAUUGUCUAAAAAUUGCUCGAGUCGGAAAGUUCACUCCAGGGAAUAUCCCGAUAUAAUUUCCUCUGCCAAAAAUAGGAUAAUUGUUGUUGAUAUUGGGUCCUCAAAAUAUAACAAUAAUGAAGAUGAAAUCUCCAGUUUUUAUUCUGCUGGGCAAAAAAGUUGCAACGGCGUUCAGGACGAAAAUGAGUUUAUACGAAAUCGUUUCAAAAGCUUAGGGAUUCCAGGUUUAACUAAGAUUCUAGAGAGGAAUGAAUUGAGUAUAACUGCUGUUCCUAAAGACGACAUCGAUUCAAUGAAGGAAGGUGAAGAAGAAAUUAGUAAAUAUAUACAGUUGAACUGUGAACUUUGCGAAGAAAAAUUCAAAACAUUUUCCGACCUGAAACAUCAUUUUCGUAUCGCUCAUAAUAUUAUUGGAUAUGUUGUUUGUUGUAAUGAAAAAUUGUUCCAGCCAGUGCAUUUGGUGAAUCACAUUAUGAAACAUUUGGAUCGUUCAAGUAAUUAUAAUUUUUCGGAUAGAUUUGCAACCGAUGCGCAAGGUGUAGACAUGUUGCUUGAUACAAAUAUAAACAAUUGCCUGCUGUGUCAGGAAGUCUUUGAAGAUAAGCAGCAAUUGAAUCAGCAUUUAAUUGAGCAUUUUCGGAAAAAGUCAACCAGGGUUCAGUGCCAGCAAUGCGGACUAUGGUGUAAAACUAGAUAUAUUCUUCGAAAACACGCCCGUACUCAUCUCACUGAAGGCGAUGAUCAGAUAUGUACGAUAUGUGGAAAGAAAUUCCCCUCGGAUAUAGCGCUUCAACGACAUCUAACAAACGUCCAUUAUAAGGAAAGAAAAUUCCAGUGUACAAUAUGCAAUAAGGCAUUUAAAUGGUCGAUCAAUUUGAAGGAACAUAUGGCCAUCCACACAGGUGAGCGCCUGUACAGUUGCCGACACUGUUCGAGACAGUUUAACGCCAGCUCAAACUUACAUUCCCAUCGUAAAAAGGUUCAUCGCGAGGAAUGGGAGGAGGAACGAAAACAACGUCUGGAGAUGGCUUCAGUUGAGUAAACCAAAAUUAGAAAGUACAUACAUCAUGUGGCAAUAUGUAAAUGCAAUAAGUAUUUUUAGUAAAUACUCGCUGAGGAUAGCGGAGUGAUUGAAGACAGCAAUACACUUAUAAGUGCUAAUUUACUGAAAGUAUCAGAUGCUAAUAUAUACGGGUAGAUGUAAAAGAAGAAAUUUUCGCUUACUCAACAUUUGAUCAAACUAGAGAUAUUAUUGAUAAAAUUAAAGUAUGAUAUUGCCAAAAACUCUCUGAGUGCUUCCUGUAAGAUUACCAGUUGCCUUAUUUUUGUAGUGUAGUUUUUUUAUAUAUAAUUGCUACUAAUGCUUAGUUUUACAGUAGUAGGACAUAGGGUGAAAGGCUGGUAUCAUGUAGCUCUUAAUGUAGAGGUAAAUGUAUGCAAUACAUAAUAACGUACAAACAGUGAAUACUUGAGAUACAUUUUUAAUUACUUAAUGAAAUUUUUAAAACGAAAUUGAAAU